AGCCACGCUUCCUUAGAAAAAUCUGGAAUUUAACGGCCCUCGUCAUCUCUCUCUCUAUAGUGAAAAACAGAGCACCCUCCACUUAUAUUCUCAGAAUCUUCUCUCAAAGCCAUUGUUUCUUUCCCCCUUUCUUUAUAUUGUCGGUUCUGUUCCUUACCUCCCCCAACAAGACCAGAGACCACCACCACCACCACCUCCACCAACAACUAAGUUGCUGCUUAACAACUGAGGAAGGAAGUCGACAUGUGUGUUCAGGAUGGCGAGCAAGAAAUGGAGAAUCUUGAUUCCAGCAACAGCAAGCCUUGGCCUUCGCAUUGCGAAAUCUUGCAUACCCAGAUGGACCAUUUCAACAAGCAGCCUCCCGUUAUGUGCCCCACCGACCAAGCCAACCUUCCCAGUUCAUUCCCACUGGAAAGCAUUUGCGAGGAAAACAUGGCAUUAGAGAAAAGACUGAACAUGUUAGGCGACUUCAUGCCCGAGCUAAGGUCAGGAGAGUGGUCUGAUAUUGGUGGACGGCCCCGUAUGGAGGAUACCCAUGUUUGCAUUGGCAAUCUAGCUAAGACUUUUGGCUACGAUAAGCUUAAUGAAGAAAUUGUUUCUCUCUAUGGCGUAUUUGAUGGGCAUAUGGGAAAGGCGGCUGCACAAUAUGUCCGCGACCAUUUGCCUAGAGUGAUAGUUGAGGACUCUGAUUUCCCUCUAGAGCUUGAGAAAGUUGUCGUGAGGUCAUUCAAAGAGGUUGAUGCUGCAUUUGCAAAGUCGUGCACACUCGAUACUUCCUUGUCCUCUGGGACGACUGCACUUACUGCGAUGAUAUUUGGCAGGUCUUUAUUGGUGGCAAAUGCUGGUGAUUGCCGGGCUGUACUCUCACGAGGAGGAAUUGCUUUGGAAAUGUCUAAAGACCACAGGCCCUGCUGUCCAAGAGAGAAGGAUAGGAUCAAGUCCUUGGGUGGUUUUGUCGUCGACGAUGAAUAUUUGAAUGGUCUGUUAGGUGUCACCCGUGCAUUGGGAGAUUGGCAUCUCGAAGGAAUGAAGGAAGUGAACGGAGGUGGCGGGCCAUUAAGUGCCGAACCAGAGCUUAAGUUGGUGACAUUGAUGAAAGAAGAUGAGUUCUUGAUAAUUGGAAGUGAUGGGAUAUGGGAAGUCUUUACUAGCCAGAAUGCCAUAGAUUUUGCCAGGAGGCGGCUACAAGAGCUCAACAAUGUGAAAUUAUGCUGCAAAGAGGUAGUCGAAGAAGCGAUAAAGAGAGGAGCGACCGAUAAUUUGACGGUCGUGGUGGUGAGUUUUCACAUGGAGCCGCCUCCACAACUGGUGGUGCAAAAGGCUAGAGUAAGGAGAAGUAUCUUCGCCGAAGGACUUCAGAACCUCAAAUGCCUUUUGGAAGGAUAGUAUUGUAUAAAUCAUCUGAAGGUCCGGCAGUUUUCAAGAUGAGAAAUAAAUUAGACUACUGGGAAAUAAAUGUAGUCAGGUUACGUGGUUGAUUGGUGAGAGUUCCCCUGCGUAUGUAUAGUUCAUUCAGGUGGUAGAAGCC